AUGAGCAUCGAUCACGCCCAGGAAUGCCUUUAUAGCGCGCAACUCAGUCCUGCCGCACGUGUGGCUCAGGGUGAGAUGCCGCCGAAUUGGUUCUCUGUCAAGGAACAACCAGCCUAUACCCCGAGAAAAAUCAAAAUUAUCUGCGCUGGAGCUGGAUUUUCGGGUCUCACUCUAGCACAUAAAAUCAAGCAUGAACUUCGUCUAGCAGAGUUCAUUGACUACACAGUCUACGACAAGAAUACUGAAGUUGGUGGGGUCUGGAUUGAGAAUCGAUAUCCGGGUGUUGCUUGUGACAUAGCUGCUCAUGCAUAUACGUUCCGCUUCGAGCCUAACCCAUACUGGUCUCAUUUCUAUGUGUCCGGGCCAGAGAUUAGUGAAUAUAUUCACAAUACAGUCCGGAAGUGGGGGCUUGAUGAGCAUGUUGAGUUAAAUUCGAACGUGAUAGAGUCUGUAUGGGACGAAGACCUGGGGAAAUGGAGAGUCAAGAUUGAACAGGAUAGCAAGAUCAAAGAGGAUGAGGCUGACAUUUUUGUUAACGCAUCCGGCAUAUUGAACAACUGGAAAUUGCCAGAUAUCCAAGGUCUGACUAAUUUCAGAGGCAAGCUGGUCCACACAGCGGAUUGGGAUGAUAAAUACGAGUGGAAGAACAAGCGCGUGGCAAUUAUCGGCAAUGGUGCAUCCGGAAUACAAUGCGUUGCUGCCAUGCACUCUAAAGUAUCUAGACUGGUCAAUUAUGUUCGUAAUCCUACCUGGAUCACCCCCAACAUCAAUGCCGAGAUGACAAAAACUGGAAAUAACUUCGCAUAUACGCCCGAAGAGCAAGAGAAAUUCAAAAACGACCCCAAAGCGUUCUUCGAAUUCCGCAAGGAGGUGGAAAAUCAUGUCAAUGGCGGCGCAUACGCAACACUGAAGGAUCACCCCCUCCAGCACUGGCUCAGGGGAGAAACAUUGAAGCAGAUGCAAGAGAAACUGAAGCUUCUAGACCCAUCAAUUGCAUCGAGGAUCAUCCCUGACUUUGCACCCGGCUGCCGCCGCCUUACUCCCGGCAGUGGAUAUCUUGAGGCUUUUUCAGCCGAGAAUACCGAAAUGUGCUGGGAGGAUAUUGAGCGCGUCACUGAGACUGGCAUCCGCACAGCAGACGGAAAAGAGAAAGAAUUUGAUCUUAUUGUUUGCGCAACAGGGUUUAACACAUCGAUAAUCCCGCGCUGGAAGCAGAUCGGGAAGAAUGGAGUCGAUUUGAGGGAACAUUGGAAGAAUGACCCGGAGGCUUUCUUCAGUGUUCAUGUUGAUCAAAUGCCGAAUUAUUUCAUGAUCGGUGGACCCAACUUCCCUGUCUCCCACGGCACUGUUACGACUGGUUUUGCUAUUGUGUGUGACUAUAUCUUGAAAUGGGCUAUGAAGAUUGCCACAGAGGAUAUCAAGUCGAUCGAUGUCAGGAAAGAAUCGCUGGAUGAUUACAAUGUUUGGACCCAGGAAUAUCUUAAACGAACCGCCUUUUCGGGAGAAUGUCGCAGUUGGUAUAAAAAUGGCAAGUCUUCUGGGCUAAUUACUGGCACCUACGCUGGGACGACGAGUCAUUUCCAGAGAUCAUUGGAGCGGAUGGGCGGCGAGCAUUUUCAUAUCCGAUAUAAUUCUGUGAAUCGCUUUUCGUGUCUAGGCAAUGGCCAAAUGGAGGAAGAGAAAAACGGAGAUGGCGAAUUGGCAAACUACUUUGUUCAAGGCAUUUGGGGCCCUUGA